UCAUGGUGUUAGAAAUAGUGACUUCUGUGGGGCUAUUGUUUGUGGGUAUUGCCGUUUUGGUCAUAAUUCAUUUAUGUAUAGCUGGGAGCACACUUCGGGUGACUCAAGAAACCAAUGACAGUAGUAGUGGGGUGCAAAAGAGUAGAACCAUGUCAGAAGAUGAUAUAAAGAAGCUGCCAUGGUAUGCGUUCAUGAUGGAUCAAGGCGACAAUGCAGAGGAGGCGAGGAAAGUUGAGUGUUCAGUGUGUUUGGAGAGUUUCAAGGGUGGUGAUAAGUGCAGAUUGUUGCCAAAUUGUAAACAUAGUUUUCAUGUUACAUGUAUUGAUUCAUGGCUCAUCAAAAAUGCUGUUUGUCCGGUAUGUAGAGCUUGUGUUGAUUUGGUGACUCGUGGAGGAGAAAACAGAUUUUCUGGUGAUAUUUCCUUGGAGACGUCUUUGAGAUGAAGCUGGUCAAACCCUAAGUGGAACGUGAUGAGGGUGGCCUUGUCUUUAUAGUUUAGAAGGUCUAGAGUUUAUGAAGAUCCACUUUAUUGCUAUGUCAAAAGCAUUAUUUGAAGUGCAAUUUCUACUACGGAGUACGAAGGAAGAAAAAGAUUAGAGGUGAGACAGGAUGGGUUUUUUUUUUCCUUUAGUUUUUUUCCUUUCCAUAGGUUACAUGUUGAAAUGAAACUUACUAAAAAAAGAUAAAUUAGUUCCCUUAUAUGCUAUAUAAC